AUGGAAUCUGCCAACAGGACUGUAGUGAAGGUGUUUAUCAUUUUGGGGUUCCCAGCUUCUCCACAGCUCCGCAUGUUGUCCUUCACCCUCGUCUUGCUUACUUACAUCCUCACCAUCACAGCCAAUGUAGUCAUCAUCUCAGUCAUCAAGUCAAGCCAUAAAUUGCAGCGUCCCAUGUACUAUUUCCUUGGCAAUUUCUCAUUCAUGGAGAUCUGGUACACUACUUCCACUGUGCCCAAGAUGCUGGAAAGCUUCCUGGCUGGCGGGAGUUCAAUCACUGUGGCAGGUUGUAUAGCCCAACUUUAUCUUUUCUUUGCCUUGGGCUCCACUGAGUGUUUCCUUCUAGCUACCAUGGCCUAUGACCGCUACUUAGCCAUAUGCCGCCCACUUCAUUAUCAAACCCUCAUGACCCUGCAGUUGACAACUUGGCUGGUGACAGCAGCCUGGGUGGGUGGUUUUCUGGCUCCUUUGCUACCCAUUGUGCUAAUAUCUCGGCUUUCAUUUUGUGGGCCUAAGGAGAUUCACCAUUUUUUUUGUGAUGCUGGCCCACUCCUGAGACGGUCAUGUGGCAAUGCCUUUCUCAGCUCUACACUGGUCUCAGUCCUGGCUUCCCUUGUCAUCCUCAGCACAUGCCUGCUCACUAUGGUGUCCUACAUCUUCAUCAUCUCAACCAUCCUCCGCAUCCCUUCGGCCACUGGAAGGCAGAAGGCGUUUUCCACCUGUGGUUCACACCUUACUGUGGUGGUAAUUUACUAUUCCACAGUUAUUUUCAUAUAUGUAAGGCCCAUUUCCCCUUUCUCCUCAGAGCUGGACACCAUAGCAUCAGUCUUUUAUGCAGUAGUUACCCCACUGCUCAAUCCAAUGAUCUAUAGCUUGAGGAACAAGGAUGUAAAAGAAGCUUUGAAGAAGAUGGUGAGCAACAGCAGGGUGUUUGUGAAGAGUAUUGGAGCUCUGACCAUGAUCUAUUGA